AUGAAGGAAGGCAGACUACCAAAAUUGGUGCUCAACUACCAGCCAGUAGGGUACUGGCCACUGGGUCCACACGUGUGUGACACGUGGCUGGCUCUGGACUACCUGGCCAGCAAUGCGUCAGUAUUGAAUCUGCUGAUCAUCAGCUUUGAUCGCUACUUCUCGGUGACGAGGCCCCUCACCUACAGGGCCAAGCGAACCACAAAUAGGGCGGCGUUCAUGAUCGGAUGUGCAUGGGGCAUUUCGCUGCUGCUAUGGCCGCCGUGGAUCUACGCGUGGCCUCACAUAGAGGGCGAGCGAACUGUGCCUGACCACGAGUGCUACAUCCAGUUCAUAGAGACCAACCACUACAUCACGUUCGGCACGGCCAUCGCCGCCUUCUAUGUGCCCGUCUCUGUCAUGUGCUUCCUCUACUGGCGCAUCUGGCGGGAGACCGAGAAGAGGCAGAAGGACCUACCCAACCUGCAGGCUGGCAAGAAGGACUCCAGCAAGAGAUCCAACUCUAGUGAUGAAGCAGUGGAUCUGGAAGACUGGCGUCGGAACGCGGGAGCAAAGACUGUCUCUGAUGGCAAUCUGAACGCAGCGUUCAUGUCAAAUUCAGGUGUCUGUUUAGACUCUUGUCACUACCAUCACAAGAAGCCACGCGUGCUGACGUGGAGCUGGAUCCGCGCCUGGUGCAUAGCGUGGUGGCACUCGGGUAGGGAGGACGACGCCGACGCCGAGGAGGAGACCCCGAGCGAGAUGGGAUACGCAACGCCCGUCUCCAUAGAGACGCCGCUGCAGUCUACCGUGUCAAGGUGCACGUCGCUGAACGUGAUCCGCGACCCCUACGCCAGUCAGCUGGGCGGUCAGACGCCAAGACGCCACCACGACGCAGCCAGCGCCGCUUACGACUCACGCAGUUUACCGCGGCUGCAGGCUAGAUCCAUGUCUACUGAUUCGGUGUACACGAUAGUGAUCCGACUACCGCACGAUCCAGACACGACGGACCAGCAACCGUCAAUCAAAAUGAUAACAGAGGAGAACAGAGGUGGAGGAGCACGUCGCGACGAAUUCAAUCUAAGUCUCCACCCGGCGGGUAACCGGCGUCCCUCGCACAUUCCCGACGUUCGAAUUCCACUCAACGCCAAAAUAAUACCGAAACAGUUGGCGGGUGGCACCAAAACACUGCUGACAGGUGCCGGUGGUAAACAUCCCGCUAAAAAGAAGAAGAAAACACAAGAGAAAAAAGCUGAUAAGAAAGCAGCGAAAACGUUGUCAGCGAUUUUGUUGACGUUCAUCAUCACGUGGACACCUUACAAUAUCCUCGUGCUGCUCAAACCUCUGACAGCUUGCACGGACUGCAUUCCUCCCGGACUGUGGGACUUUUUCUACUACCUCUGCUACAUCAACUCGACCAUCAACCCCGUGUGUUACGCACUGUGCAAUGCAUCCUUCAGGCGCACCUACGUCAGGAUUCUCACAUGUAAAUGGCACAACCGCAAUCGCACUGCUAUGAACCGCGGAUUCUACAACUGAGAACGACUUCCCUUCACCAGGACUGAAAACUUCAACUUUGACUGAGUCACGUCCAUCUGUUUCGCACUGCUGGUAAUUCGACAUUUCCUAUAUUCGGAUCCCUCGACUCGUUGAUCAGCCUCAACUUCAUUUCUACUACUUUGUUCUCAAAAAUCAUAGCGGCAAUUUCAGAAAAAAAUCACAAACAUUUCAGCCACCCAUUUCGCACAGGUAUUAAGACUUGUUUUAUUUCCAAUACCUUGAUUCAUCAAUCUCCAUUAAGGUAUUGCUAUUCCUUUAUUGGAAUUUUGAAUGCAUCAGCUAAAUGUUAUUUGAGAAGUAUAUUGACAAGUGAAUUUUAUUUGAGUGUAUAUUGACAAGUAUGAGAGACUAUUUGCAUAGUUGAUAUUAUAUGUAAUCAAUUCAAUCGUCAAGUAUUUUACAUAACAUUUAUCUCAUCAGUGAUAAAAUAUAUUACGUUUUUUUCAAUCACUUGAUAAUAGCUUCAUUGCGGAAGCAUGUUGUGAGUAAACAAGUUUAAAAAAGGGUACCUAGGUUUUUAUUUUAUUUCUAUAAUAAGUUUGUUAUAAAUUAAAAGGGGGCCCAAAUCACGAAUUUUCAUUUGCAAGAAUUGACAAGAAAUAUGGCUUCAAUAUACUUCACGGAAGUUUUUACAAAUCAAUCUGUGAAUUACAAUUAUUAUUGCUUACACUAACAAAAAAUUGAUCGAAGGAAUUUCUUGUGGUUUCGCAUUGAUUAAUUAACGUCAAUAGGUAGGGCAAUUUCAUUCCGAGAAAUUAUUUCGCAAGUAGAACAGUUUCAACUUCAAUUAUUGUAAGGACGAUCUUUCUUUGAUCAUACUUUGUUGAAUUCGACAUGAAUUAGAACAGUAGCCUACGAUAAACCCGCUUCAACAUAGACCAAUUCCAUUUUUUCAAUUUUCCAUUUUAAAAUCAACUCCUAUAAUUGUCCAAAAUGUGCUUACUAUUGCAUCAUUAUUCAAGUAUCAUACAAAAUUGUGCCAAAAAUUGAUUUCGCAUUAUGUGUUCACAUAAUAUUAUUUUUACUAAUUUUUACUAUAAUAAUCACCUUUUAAUUUCCUCAAAUGAAAUAAACAACUAAUCAUUCAUGACCAUUAUUAAGGAAAAUAUGUAUUUCAUAUAAUUGUAAGUAAAAUAGAUCAAUUGGAGUCAAUAGUAUAUGUGGUACGGUGCUAAUAUCUAUGGUAGGGUACAAAUACUACAAUUAAAUAUGGUCAGAAUCUGUAUGAAAAAGGAAAGUUAUGUUUAGAAACUAUUGUCAACCAGAACACGCAAUUCGAUGAAUGUGAAAGUGAUAAUGAAUGUGAUGUGGUGGCGAGGAGGUGGGGAGGAAUGAUGAUGUUGGCUGUUGGUUGACAAUAGUUUUGUUACAAUAAUUUUAAUUGAAAUCUGAAUUUUUCAAUGAGUUUCAAAAGAGAGGUUUGUGUUAAUGGGAAUAGAGGAAGUAUAUGAAUUCGAGUUAUCAUCUACUUUAACUGGUGAAGGACCUCAUCAGAGAAAACCACUUGGAGAGAGAUCCUGGGAAAGGGAAAUGUAAGGCGAAAUAGGGAAUACAUUGCGAGUUUUUGUGAGAAAUUCAAACCAAAUAUACCGUGUGUACGGUACAGUACUUUUUUGUACUUAUUGUGAUGUUCAUAUGUAAAUUUGAAGAAGUGAUAUUGGAGAGGGUUGAUUGUAAUAAAUAAAAUUAAUGUAUGUAAAGUGAUUUUUAACAAUUUGAUGAUUGAUGUAACUCAUAAAGCAGGAAUUCGUAGAAUUUUGAUUAUUUCUGAAGAUUGCAGUUUCAUAAAAGAGGAAGUUACCAAUUAUUUGUUGAUAGUCAUUUUGAAUGAAAACAUCAAUUCGUUAAAAAAUGAAGCAUCACAUUUCUGUGAUUGAAGUAUCACCAUCAUGUGAUUGUUGGUUUGUAUCUCCUUAUUUAGGUAUUCUUUAUUUAACAAAAAAUUGAAAUUCAGUAUUGAGUGUAAAAAAGUAAGGGAAAAAAUGAAACUAGUCCUUAUGAGUCAUCUUAUCAAAUCUAUGUGUGUAUAGCUUAAUGUAACUACUCGAGUGUUCCCCUUGCAAUACUGCUCUUGGAUUUUGGAUAAGACACCAUUGGGUCCUGCUAGGAGUGUUCUCUUCUGUGAUUUUACAAGAAAACAAAUCAGAGUUUGAGGUUGAGCCAGAACAGUUGAAUAACUAUUGAAGAACAGGGAUUCAAUCGCCAGUAUGAAAAUGAAUUGGCAAUUGAGUAUUAGGCUAUACUGAAUGAAAUUCAAGUGAGAACUUUUCCGAUUACUCUGAUAAAUAAUUUCAACAGUAGAGCAUCAGUAAUUGAGAUUGGCAGGACCAGGGAUUGAAUUAAAAUUAGAAUUUCCUUAUCAUGUUGUUGUUAAUAGUCUCAGCAAAGUCUUCCAAUAAAGUAGGAGUUAUCUAUCUUUUGAGUUUAUACUAUACAUUACGAUACCAUGCAUUUCUUUGCUUUCCCAUGAAAAUUAUGAGAUUUGCAAGAGUUUGGAAAAAAUUAUCGGAAAUGGUGCUAGCUGACCUCCACCUGAGUGAAUCUUUUUCUAGACCCCAAAUCCAAUCCUCUUCAUGUGCCAAAUAGCUACAGUAAUAGCUUCUCAGGUUGAUCUUUGAAUUAAGCUGAAUCUCUUGAUCAUGAACUCUUCCAAUGUUGAGAGUUGAUUAUUUGCAAAAAUGUAACAACUGCGGCAAAAUGGAAGACUACAAAACUGCUGAUUGUUUGUUGAUCAUAGGCCUAGCUAAUAUAGGAUAUUAAUAAGAUAUAAGAGAGUAGAUAUAAGAUUAUAAAAAGCACAAAUCAGUCUGUAUUUAUGAAAAGUAUUAUAACAUAAAAUUUAAUCUUCUACUGGUAGUGCUGGGUUUGCGCUCAAAAUAUGUGACAAUAUUGUGUGAUUAAUCAGUACACCAUACAUUUCUCGAUUUUUUGUGUCGUGGAUGAUUUUGGAAAAUGUUCAGGAAACCCAUGAGUGUAAAAUCAUGUUUUAUCCAUUGCUUGAAUAAUUUCAACAUGGAUAGUGUCGUGCGUUUUUUACGAUCGAGUUUUUACUGCUCAUUGUUUCUCAACUGUGUUUGUUCAACGCAGUUGAUGUUAGAGGUUAGAUGAACCAAAGCUUUCAAUGUAUAGAUCAUCACAGGGAUAAAGGGUCACGAUUAAAAUCCAUCCCUAUUUGUUUUUUUUUCUAUAGAGAAUUAUUCGAUACUGUACCUUGAUUUCUCCAAUUAGGGGAUUCUGCUUCGUCAAUUAAGAGAUUCUUCUUACUCUAGCCUAUGAAAUUGAUGUUUAAAAUUCUAAUCUUUUACAGGAUAUCCACAGUGUACCAAGUUUUCUCCAAUAGAACAAAAUCAUUGUUCUAUCUCGAGUGAAUAAUUCAAUUUUAAUGUUAACAGGAAAACUAAAAAUAUUAUUUAUACAAUCUUUUAUUUUUUACAGUGUUGAAUAUGACUUGCGUUUAUAUGAAUCUGAAGCAAAAAGUAUGUUUAAAUUCGAAACAAUUUUGUAUAUAAAGUCCAUGGGACCAAGAGUGAUGGAAGUUAUAUAUGUAUUGCAAUGAGCAAAAUGUUUAAUCCAAUCUGUAUGCAGAUUUUAGAAUCGAUAUGUGUCUAACCCCUUUCCUAACUAAUGGAAAAUCAUCAAACAUUUGUAUAAUUAAUGUUAGAUUAGUUGUAAUUUUGUCAGUUGACUCUGUAUAAAUGUUGUAGGGAGUAAGAUACCAGGGUCGAGAAAUAUCGUAUAAGUUUUGUACAAAACAAUUGUUCUAAUCCAUAACGUACUGAAUGUGUAGGAAUUUUUCUGUACUUUAAACGUGUAUUAACUAUUUCAAACUCAGAUUAAUUUUAUAAUCUGAGCAUCGAUAUUAGGAUAAAUGUUUGUGAUGUAUAUUUAUGUGUUUAAUGUAUUUUUUCAGUGAUUACUAUCAUUGGAAUGUAUUAUUACUAACAUUUAUAUGUAUUACAAUGAUUGAAACCCGAUUAAAUGAUGAGUGUUCAAUAAAUUUUGUACGUGUGGCCCCAAAAAGAUAUGAAAUGUAUUUAUUUUCUAUAGUAGCACUGAACGUGUCUUAUUAAAAAUUAAGUAUUAAAUUUCUAUAUGUUUAUAAAUGUAGCUUAUUAGCUAGAGCUAUAUAAAAUGCUUUUGGUGAGGUAGAGUAGUUUGUCAAAGUUACAAGAAAAAAUUAAAUGAUGUGUGUUUGAAAUGGAUGAGCCUCCUCCCUCCUAUACUGGAUCUACUGUACUGCUUUUCAACAUUGGAUUCAGCGAAACAAUAACAAAUUAUUGUGUUUACGGAAAUUUUUAUUAAUGCAGUAUUGGAUGUCAAUAUUAGGCUUCUAUUCAGAUUCGCAGAAAUGUAUCUAGAUAAGAGGCAACAGUACUUUCCAGAUUACAUUCUGUUUGUUUGAAAUAGCGAAAAUGGAAUUAUAAAUAUAUUGUGAUUUUCAUUCCUAAAAUCACAUUACGAACAAAAAUCGAUAUAACUCAUCUUAUAUUAAGGGUGAAAUCACAAGGUACAUGUUAAGGGAAUUUUAUGUAAUAAGUUUUUGUUAGGAAAGCCUACUAGAUAAAAAUAAUUCAGGUAAUAGUUUGAACCUUGCAAAAUAAAAAAUCAAUUGAUUAUUCUUAUCAUGUAGGGAAGUGUAACUGUCAAAUCAGAAAUCAGUUUUAUUGAUGACCAGCAGUUAACCCGUGCUUUGCACCAGGGAAAUUGCAAUCUCCUUAUGCCCAGGAAACAUAAAAUAUAUAAUAAUUAUUUAUUAUUUGGUUAAAAUUACGUGGAUAGGCCUAAUCUUCAUCAGAGUUGAAAAUUCUCUGCAAAAUAAAUGUUUCAUUGGUCUUGAAACCGUGACCUUUCUAUCAUAUUAGGACUAAAUUCAUAUAUUUAUGAGUCCUAUUUAACAAUAAUCAAGCUACCGUAUCACUUGCAUAAUGUUCUGUUUGGUUGGGCUUUCAUCGGCUGUUUUAGUUCUUAAAUCAAAAUUAUUAGAAUGAAAUUAAAAGAAUGCCUGUAUCCAACCUUGGUAAAUUCAGAAUCUUGAUGUAAAAUUGCAAGUUAAUUAGUUUAUAAGUGAUUGAGAAGUGGAGUGAAGAUAAAGUAGGUCUAUCUCUACAUAGAAAGUGAGCUACAAAGGAAGUGAGUUGUCUCAUUCUCCAACAGAUAGCAAUACUGUAUUCUCGACAGAAUUAGCCUUCUACUAUUGAAAAUCAGAAAACUUAUAAGAAAAGCAUUAAGUAUUAUAUUUUGACAAUUUAUCAGUCGAUUAUUUUUAUCCAGUUUCAGAGGUUGAAUCUUUUUUAAAAUUUUCAAGCUGAUUCAAGGAUGGAGUUCGAAGGUUUUUAAUAUCAUAUUGAAUUAUUGAUCGAAUGCUAAAAAAUUUUUAUAAUAAUUUGCUAAAUAAUUUGUAAAUUUUUAUUUCAAUACCUUUAAUGUGAAAUUUAUGUAUACUGUACGGUGAUGAGAGUUUUUGGAAAUAUAAAAUGGUAAUUUUGGCAAACUACAAAUAUGUGAUAUGAUUGAUAUUCAAAUGAAUUUUGAGAAUAAUUAAAUUCAAUUAUUAUGAAUCAAAGAAAAAUGUGCUCUGUCGAUAAUUGAAGUGAUGAAUUAUUUCUCACUAUAAUAUUAUUCACUCAAUUACAAAUAUAAAAUGAACUCUAAUAGGUACUUCAACUCAACAUGUUUUAAUGAAUUAUUAAUUUAUUCAUCCGUCAAUGGCAUGAAGACAAAAUCUUAGAAUUAUUGGGAAAGAAAAAAUAGCCCUUACUAUACCAUUCCCGUUUCCCGAAUUUUGUUUAAAAAAUAAUAAUUUAGUUCAAGAUUUCUUCAACAUUUUUGAACAACUUUUUCAUCGAUAUUUUUGAUCCCGAAAUAAUUACGAGAAAUUUUGAAUUCAGAAUGUUCAAAUAAGAAUGUUAAUCAUCUAUUUUUGAUUUAUCACUCCAGUCUCCCUGGUUAUUAUGGUUUCACGAGAAAUUCUUUAUCCUAUCACUAAGGAUAAUCUUUUUGAAGGUAAUCUUUUCAAAGGUAAUCUUUUAAAGGUAAUCAAGUUCCAUUAGGCCUAUACUUUUCCUCUCUCCUCUACCAGGUUAACUUACCCUCGUUAUUCAUUACUUCAAUCAUUUCUGGCUGAAAUUAUUACAGUACCAUACUGAAUCUAUUUUGAACAAAAUUCAUAGCAACUGAGAAGCAAUAAUGCACGUUACAACGAAUUAUGAAAAUAUACAAUAAUUCAAAGAAACUAUAUUUGGUAACAAUAAUAGUUUGCUCUUUCAAUUUGACAAUUAAUGAACUGUAGAUAAUGUAUGGGAAGGAAUCCCAUGUUUCUUUUCCUUUUGAUGUAUGGAUCACAAGAAAUUCAUUGAAUUGUAUGUUUUACCUAAGGAAUUUGAAUUUAUAUUAUGAUCUAUAUUAUUUCUUUUCAACACCAAAUGGACUUGUUGUUAUGGAGAAUAAUAAUUGCUGAAAGUCUUUGAAUAUCAAUUUAUCACAAUAGAAUAGAUCGUUGAUACAUCUAUCACAAUAGAUGAUCGUCAUAGGAUAGGAAACCAAAUUUUAUUAUUUUUGGGCAAGAUUUGUAUAAUUUUCUACUAUUGUAAUAUUGUUAAAUCAAUGCAUCCACUGUUUGACUCAUUACUGAAAUAAUUGGCAAAAUAGAUUAUCUUAUUUCAAAUUUUAAUUCCAUUGCAGCAAAUGCUUAAUCAAAAGCUUGAAAUCGAAAGUAUUGUGUGUAUCAGUUUUUAUUGUCUCACACAUUCAUUGUCAAGAAUUUGAACAUAUAUUCCGAUUAGAGGAAAUUCAAUAUUUUAAGUAUCAGUUGAAUUGUUUGUUCUUAUUACAAACAGAUAUUCAUCACGUGUGUAAGUAGGCAAUACCAAUAAUUACUGAAUGUUUCAAUUCUGACAAUCUAAUAUAUGUACUAUAUAUGUGUUUAAUUGUACAAGUGUCUGAAUAUAUGUCCACUUUUUCGCCUAUUUAUAGAUACAUAAUAGACUUUGUAAUUUCAUUCUGUAUAAAAUAAAGAAAGAAGAGGCCAACUCCUUUAUAACGAAUAUUCAAUAUGUUCAUUUACAAGGGUCAGCUAUGUUCCACUCGUUGAUUAAAUGAACCGUUUAAACUGAAAAGACGAUUAAAGUCUGAACUAAAGAAGAUGGAAAUUAAAAUGUAUGUUAAUGAGACAAACAAUAACAGCCUCCAAGCGAUAAUUACAUAGAAUCAUUCAGUAUUCAGUUAUCUUUCAUCAAUCAUUGUUUAAUUAAAACAAAGACAUUUUAUUUUACUACCUAUAUGAAUUUUCCCAUUUCUUUUAUUUUCUCCAUUUCUGCUUUCCUUCGAAAUGUCACAGAGAUAUCAGAAAACUUCCAGCUGCUUCUGUGAAUAGUUGACACAAAUACUUGUUUAUGAUAAUUUCCUUUGUGAAUUGAGAAGUGCACAUGAAUCUUAAGAAGUUUCUUACCUGUUGAGGACGCUCUAACAAAAUCAUUCAUAAUAGAUUUUUCGUGAAUUUUCUUUGCAUCAAACACAAUUUUCUUCAUAUCCAUCAAUGUUAAACCGAUAUUCUCUCAACUCAAGCAGAGCUAAACUAUUUAAAGAACUGAUUAAAAUGUUUUAUUUAAGUUUAAAAUCGAAUAACAUUAAAAAAAUAAUAAUUCAUAAAAUCAUAUUUGUACAACUUAUACGUUUUAUGAUAAACUAUUAUAUAAAUGUGUAAAAAUAUACAUAAAAAGACUAUGUGAAUAAAUCAUUACAAAAUGUAUAAAUUGUUGUUGAGUUUUAUACAAUAAAAAAUUAUUAAAACAAGAGAUUGAAAUAGAAAUGAUGUGAUUGGUAAUUUCCACAUUAUUCAUACGGGUAAUUUAAUUGUGACUGAACUAAUAAAAU